GGAAAAGCGCCUGAACUCGUAGAGUGGGAGAGAGCCUCGCGCAAAGAAGAAGCUCUCAGACCAGUCAGUGGCUUCAUGGAGUUAUGCACCUCUGAUGCGCCGCCAUGGAUUGCAAUUCGCGAUCACAUUUUUUCACUUUACAUCUUUUACUCUCCCUCUUGCUUCCAGUUUUUACGAUCGUCUACCCUCCAAAUGAAGUGAACCUGUUAGAUUCUAAAGCAAGCCAAGGAGAGUUAGGAUGGAUUUCCUACCCAUCACAUGGGUGGGAGGAGAUCAGUGGCGUGGAUGAGCAUUACACACCCAUCAGGACCUUCCAGGUGUGCAAUGUGAUGGAAUACAGCCAGAACAACUGGCUUCGCACCAACUGGAUCCCUCGUCAGUCCGCCCAGAAGAUUUACGUCGAAUUGAAGUUCACUCUGAGGGACUGCAACUCCAUUCCAUUAGUCCUGGGUACAUGUAAGGAAACCUUCAACCUUCUCUACUUGGAAACCGAUGACGACCAAGGCAGUCACUUCCGAGAACACCUGUUCUCCAAGAUUGACACCAUAGCCGCGGAUGAAAGUUUCACUCAAAUGGACCUUGGCGACCGCAUUCUCAAACUUAACACUGAAGUGCGUGAAGUAGGCCCAAUGACCAAGAAGGGCUUCUACCUGGCAUUCCAGGACGUGGGUGCCUGUGUAGCUUUAGUCUCUGUGAGGGUUUACUUCAAAAAGUGCCAAAACAUAGUGAAGAAUCUGGCCUCCUUUCCAGACACAGUGCCCACAGACUCCAAGUCACUGGUUGAGGUGAAAGGUUUAUGUGUCAAUAACUCGAAAGAGGAGGAGCCCCCACGAAUGUACUGCAGCACAGAGGGCGAGUGGCUUGUGCCUAUCGGAAAGUGUCUGUGCAACCCAGGCUAUGAAGAAAGGAGCAACACCUGCCAAAUGUGCAAGUCCGGCUUCUACAAGUCUGCACUUGGAAACCUGGAGUGUUCCAAAUGUCCCCCUCAUAGCUAUGCCCACCAUGAAGGUUCAUUGCAUUGUGGAUGUGAGAAAAACUACUUUCGGGCUGAGGGAGACCAAGCCUCCAUGGCCUGUACACGCCCUCCCUCAGCUCCUCGUAACGUUAUCUCCUCCAUCAACGAAACCUCCGUUAUCCUCGACUGGAGCUGGCCUGAAGACACAGGUGGCCGUAGGGACCUGACCUUUACAGUCCUCUGCAAACGAUGCCGUGCCGGUGAAGCUAACGGAAGCAGUGGUGGAACACCACGAUGCGAGCCCUGCCGGAGCAACGUCCGUUUUUUUCCAAGAGCCCAAGGUCUACAAAACACUACUGUGACAGUGGGCGAUCUACUAGCUCACACCAACUACACGUUUGAGAUUGAGGCACAGAAUGGAGUUUCAUCAUUGGCGCCCAAGAUGAGGCAGUUUGCCGCUGUCACCAUCACCACCAAUCAAGCCGCUCCCUCUCCAGUAAUAGUGAUCAAAAAGGAGAAGACAUCACGGAAUAGUGUUUCCUUGUCCUGGUUGGAGCCAGAGAGACCGAAUGGCAUUAUCCUAGACUACGAGAUCAAAUACUAUGAAAAGGAGGAGCAGGAGACCAGCUACACAAUUCUUCGGGCUCGGGGUUGUAAUGUGACUCUGAAUGGUCUUAAGCCCAACACUGCCUACCUGCUGCAGAUCAGAGCCCGCACAGCAGCUGGUUAUGGAGCCAGCAGCCCUAGUUUCCAGUUUGAGACAAGUCCUGACUCAGCCUUCUCCAUCUCUAGUGAGAGUAGCCAGGUUGUUUUAAUCGCCAUUUCCUCGGCAGUGGCUAUCAUCCUGCUCACUGUGCUGCUUUACGUCUUGAUUGGCAGGUUUUGUUGCCACAGCAAAUCAAAACAUCCUGAUGAGAAAAGACUGCACUUUGGCAACGGACACCUGCGUCUGCCAGGUAUUAAGACCUACGUUGACCCCCACACUUAUGAGGACCCAAGCCAAGCUGUGCAUGAGUUUGCUAAGGAGCUAGAUGCUUCCUGCAUUGCCAUCGAUAAAGUGGUGGGAGCAGGUGAGUUUGGUGAGGUGUGCAGCGGUCGCCUGAAGCUGCCUAGUAAAAAGGAGAUCUGUGUGGCUAUCAAGACUCUAAAAGGUGGAUACACAGACAAACAGAGGAGGGACUUCCUUGCUGAAGCAUCAAUCAUGGGACAGUUUGACCACCCCAACAUCAUCAGGCUGGAAGGUGUCGUUACACGCAGUAAGCCUGUCAUGAUUGUCACAGAAUAUAUGGAGAAUGGCUCACUGGACAGCUUUUUAAGGAAGCACGAUGCCCAGUUCACUGGAAUUCAGUUGGUUGGCAUGCUGCGUGGCAUCGCCUCAGGCAUGAAGUAUCUGUCAGACAUGGGCUACGUUCACAGAGACCUUGCUGCACGAAACAUCUUAGUCAACAGCAACCUGGUGUGUAAAGUGUCAGACUUCGGCUUGUCAAGGGUCCUGGAAGAUGACCCCGAGGCGGCUUACACCACAAGGGGAGGAAAGAUCCCUAUCCGGUGGACAGCACCAGAGGCAAUUGCUUACAGGAAGUUUACAUCAUCGAGUGAUGCUUGGAGUUAUGGCAUCGUGCUCUGGGAAGUAAUGUCGUAUGGAGAACGGCCUUACUGGGAGAUGUCCAAUCAAGAUGUAAUAAAGGCUGUAGAUGAGGGUUACCGCCUUCCCCCACCCAUGGACUGCCCUGCUACACUUUACCAGCUGAUGCUAGACUGCUGGCAGAAAGAAAGGAACAACCGGCCCAAGUUUGAACAGAUAGUCAGCAUCCUUGAUAAACUCAUUCGCAACCCUGGUAGUCUUAAAAUUACUGCCAACACAACGUCGAGGCCGGCCAACUUGUUGUUGGAUAGAAGUAGUUCAGAGGUUCCUUCAAUGGGGGACUGGAUGGAUGGAAUGAGGACCUUGCCCUGCAAUGAGGCCUUUUCUGGGGUCAGCUACAGCUCCUGCGAUACCCUGGCCAAGUCUUCCACAGAUAGAGUGAUUCUGACAGAGGUCCACGUCACACCAGCAACUUGCCCAGAAUGGGAGCCGUCCAUGGGGAUCACCACUCUCUAACAUGCAGUUCCUCUCCUUUCGAUUCCUCGGACUCUGGAUGGGAUUUGAAAAAGGUUGGCGUGACAAUUGCAGGACCACAAAAGAAGAUCGUGAGCAGCCUCAAAGCCCUUGAAUCUCACACCAAGAACGGACCAGUACCUGUUUAAAAGAUGUGGCCAACAGAGGGAGAUCACCGCUUGGGAGCUAAUUGCUUGCUAAUACACAGUGUGUAUACAUAGUGAUGAUGGCAGAUGACUGAUAGGAAAUUAAACAUAUAUGGAACGGGAAGAGUCCAGAAUAGCAAGUCCAUUAACUGAUCGACUCUUGAACCCUCCAUUGAUCCACGCUCAAGUUGAGAUGCCUUACAGACACAUUGGGAUAUAAAGACGCACACGAGAACUAACACAGGCGAACAUAACUAGCCAGGGAUAGAGACAAGUUGGCUGGACUGGGAUGCAGUUGGAACAAAGGCCAAAGCUUUCCGCCCCAGUGUAAGUGGACGACGGCGUUUCUCUCCAUUAUACUGCCAGCCUUGGGUGCUUAGUGGCUACUCCCACUACACCUGGUCAGUGACCUGUGCGGAAAUGAUGGUUGCAUAGCCAAAAUGCCCUGUGUGACACUUCAUGGGAAACAGCAGCAGCAGCUGAUCCGGUGUGGACCCAACAUGGACUAAUGAAGUCUUGAUAUUCUUUUACAACUACCUACACGUCAACUCAAUCAGUUCUAAUCUUUAGGAUUCUGUAGACUUGUCACGAAAAGCAAUAACUGUGGAAAUCAGAUAUGAGAUUGCAUUGUUCUGAAGCCAUGACCAUGCUACACUCACAGUGGAGCGAACAGUAAGCUUUGAAGGUACAGGGGCAAUAACAUACUUCACAAUCUUUAUAUGACAAAUGUAAGUUAAAUGUGAUAAAAGCAGAUAUUGUACCUUUAUAGUGGUGUUCCGGCAAUCCAGCAAGCAAUCUUUGUGUGAAAUCUCAGGAUGCACACAUUAUUUGAUCUAUAUUUUCCUCUAACAAGCAGAAACAGAUGGAGUGAACAGUGCGAAUCGGUGCGGGGAAUUGAGGGCACACGGUAAGAGAGAUGAGAGUGAGAUUCUGUAAAGUUGGAAAUGAGACGUAUAAGAUGAAGUUGUGGUUUUCCACACAUCUCCUUCGGAUAGUCAUAUUGUGCAACAGAUUAGUUUUCUUACUCGUGGUGUACUUGUACUCGAGUUUAUUUUUUUGUGAAAGAAAAGUUUUCAUCAGCAAUCACACUCACUUUCUUUACUCAAUAAAGCUGGGCAUACACUGCAAACAAUGAAAAUGAAUUCCUUUUCUGAACCUUAUCUCGACUCAAUUAAUAAUAUAUAUAUUUUUAAAAUAAUAAUAAACGGAAUAAAACAUCACAAAGGCCAAAUGAUGAGAAAAACAGCUACAUCAUUGUUAGAUUUGUUUUUAGCAUUAGCAUUCCGAUGACUGGAAAUAAACCUCUUCUUUUUUAUUCUUUUAAACAGUCAGCAACACUUCAAAUGCACACUACUGACAUCUAUAGGAUUAAAAUGGAACAGCAAUGACCCAAAAUUACUAAACUCUACAGAGUAUGCCCAGGUUAAGUUGAGAAACACAGAAACUGACGGUGAAAUAUGAAUGAUAGUAUGAUUAACAGAAACAAGGGAAAUAUACAACUAUUAUAUUUUCUUGAAUGAACUGUUGAUGUUUAACAGCCAAGGAAAUACACAUUUUCUAUUUUCGUGAAGAAACCGUUAAUGGCAAAAUGUUGAGUGCCUCGUGGUUAGGUUGGGUCAUUUUUGGAAUCACCAUGCAAACACUCUUGUUUUUGUUGAACUGAAUAGGAUUUAGCACCGUUUCCAUAUACAAAGUUUGAAGUUUUCUUUUGAACUGCAAAAAUGAUAUCCAAAUACACAUGUCCAGAAAGGGAUUCUCUGAAUGCACCUUUAGAUUUGGAUGGUCUACAGAAUAGAGGUAUAUCUGCAUGGAUUCUGGUCAAUCACACAUAUGACCAGUAAUAUAAACUGGUACCACUCUAUACUUUCAGAUUAGAAACAUUCAAUUUACAAAGGUGCACUCUUAAUGCACUUAUUACACAAAUGUGUGAGCACUUUCCUUUAUGUGGGAAUUUAUCGGCUUAGCUAGAGAUGAAAUUUACCCAAUGGACAGAUGACGUGAGUGCUUUUGGGAAAACCCAUUUCUGUUCAUGGUAUGGGAAAAUCCAGUGUUCUACCUGUGGAUGCUGCUGUUGCUGCUAUGUGAUCUGAUUAGCAUGUACAUAAUGUAAACCAUCAUAACGAUAUAGCAACUAGCCCAACAGAUCCUGCAAUAUGUACAUGCCAUCCUUCUUUGUACAAAUUUUUGUAUGUAUAAAAAGAUUACAAAUUGUGCAACAAUUUUAAUUAAAAAAAAGGACAAAAAGCAUCUGUAUUAUACUUUAUCUUGUUUUGAAUUAUAUUUGUCAGCCUGUUUUUGUUUUCUACAAUAAAACGCAGUUGUGAUUACAUAAUUAUUUAUUUGUUAACAUUACACAGCACAUGUUCUUUUGUUGUUGUUGCUUCGUUUGUUAGUUUGUUUUAAAGCGUACGGUAAAUUAUGUGUCAUUGUUACAUGUUUUUUGCUUUUUUUUGACAUAUUUUAUCAACCUGGGACAUCCGAAAGAGCAAUACUGUUAUGCACCCCAUAUCCAGAACUUCGUUUCUGUCUCAAGACUGAUCCUUGUGUUUGUGUGAGAGUUUACGUGUUCAAACGUAGAAGGCCUUGUCAACUAAUGUAAAAGGAUUUGUAGUGGAAACAUUUAUAUUUUUAUAAUAAAUAUUCUCAAAAUAUUUUCCAAAAAAGUAAUGAUGGCGGACGUGGUUCUUUGGUUUAUUUUGAACAUUUUUUCCUCCUUGAUAUGGAUUUUCUUGAUCAGGGAAUGUCGUUGAUCUUUGUCAACUGCGGGCCUGUGAAAUCCUUUGAGGCUCAUUUUUGAUUAAGGGCUAUGUAAAUAAACUGGACAUGACUUGACACAAAGAGAAUGAACCCAUAUAAAUUACAUGGAGAAUGUAAGUGUUGAAAGAAUGUAUAUUGCACAUUCAGGGUUGGCAGCCAACAAUUGUUCCUACCGGUGCCAAAGACAAGAAUUUUACUAUUCACAAUAAGCAUGUGAAUGAUUAAUAUGCAGUGUUAACAUUUCAAACAGUGGAAAAUACAGUACUCCUUGGUGCCAGCAUUGAACAUCUUUCUGUGUGCAAAUUCUAGAUAUAGAUGAUUGGUCAGACUGUGAUCCAACAAGUGACUUAAUAUGUAAAAUUGAUACAACUAAGGAUUUUGUUUGAGCACAAGGUAUUUCUCUGCAUUUUUAUGAGUUUGUUGUGGAUUGAGUAUGCAAAACAAGCUGUAUACAGUGGCAUGAAAAAGUAUCUGAAGCUUUUGGAAUUUCUAACAUGUCUGCAUAAAAUCACCAUCAAAUGUGAUCCUAUCUUCGUCAAAAUCACACUGAUGAAAAAACUAAAAUGACUGACUUAAAAUUUAUUUAUAAGUGUCAUUUAUAAGUGUUCAUAUUUUAAUCAGUAUAGGAUGUAGUAUGCAAAAAAUGUCAGAAGCGGGAAAAAUAAGUGAACCAUCACAUUUAAUAUUAUGUGCCCUCCACCCCCCAUGUUGGUGAGCUGUUCCAUUUUUCCUCCACACAUGACGUUGUGUUUUACUCCCAAACAAUUCAACUUUGGUUUCAUCAGUCCACAACAUAUUUUGCCAAAACUUCUGUGGAGUGUCCAAGUGCCUUAUUGCGAACAUUACACAAGCAACAAUGUUUUUUUUUAGACAGCAGUGGCUUCCUCCAUGGAGUUGUCCCAUGAACACCGUUCUUGGCCAUAGUUUUACAUAUAGUUGAUGGGUGCGCAGAUAUACUGGACUGUGCCAGUGAUUUCUGUAAGUUUUUAGCAGAUACUCGAGGGUUCUUUUUAACCUCUCUGAGUAUUCUGCGCUGAACUAUUGGCGUUAUCUUUGGUGGAUGGCCACUCCUUGGAGAGAAGUGUGCCAUCUCCCAUUUGUAGACAACUUCUCUGAUUGUCGAUUGAUGAACAUCAGACUUUUGUAUCCUCUCUCAGCUUUAUACAAAUCAACAAUCCUUGAUUGCAGGUCGUCAGACAACUCUUUUGAGCCAGCCUAGAUGCACAUCAGACAAUUCUUCUCAUCAAGACAUUUCUUACCAGGUGUGUAUUUUAUAAUGGGCAGGGCAGCUUUAAACCACUCAUCAGUGAU